UUAAAGUACGGGUUCCAUAUGAUAUUAGUCCUUGUCCGGACGAACUAACUAUCAGGUAUUGCUUUCUCGGGUUGAAAAGCCUAGAGUGGUAUCCGAUAGGAGCGUUGGUGUUCUUUGAUUGUUGGUCUAAGGCGAUCGGAAGUAUUCUGAGAACCUCAGAUCGACCAUCGAGGAACAUUGACCGUGUCAUUUCUGGUCAUCUAUGAUCGGGGGUGUCACAUCCAUAGUCUAAGACUUCGUAGAAGACUUCCCGGAAGUCUUCCAGAGUGUAAGACUUUGUAGAAGACUUCUUGGAAGUCUUUCAGACGACCUAAGUUUUCGUUGGAAGUCUUCCAGAGUGUAAGAUUUUGUAGAAGACUUCAUGGAAGCCGUCUCAGUAGUCUUCUCACUAAAACUUACAUGCAAGUCUUCUUAGUAGUCUUAUGUGUUUGAGAUACUUGUUUUUGAUUGUUUUGCAGGCCAGAAAAUGGAUUUACCAGCACUCCCACAGAGGAUAUAUACAUUAGGGGAAGAGCCCCCUGCACAUAAAAGCAUUUCGUAUCACACUGAUGACUCGACUUUAUUUAAUGCUCUAAGGCGAGCUCUAAACGCUGACGAAUAUGAGGAGCUGAAGGAGUCGAACUUGGGAGUGUUUAUCAAGUUCAAGGAGCUGAAUUUUGGUUGGGCUUCAAGGCUGCUUCAUUAUGUGCUCGAUUUCCAUCUUAACAUCAAGAAGAAGUAUGAGCUCCGGAGUCACGUUGGUCCACAACCGGUGAGCUUUUCACUGUUAGAGUUUGAACACCUCACUGGUCUGAACUGCGAUUACAUCGAGGACCUGGAAAAUCCAAGGGUUGAGGUUACGAAGGAGAUGGCUGCUUUCUGGGAGAUUAUGGGUGUUGAUGUUGAUGCUGGGCCAACUACUGAACAGAUAAAAGCAGCAUUUGGGAGAUGCGAGGAGUGGUUUCGGGAUGAUCGCAUGCGGCUCGGAUACCUUGCCAUCUUCACUGGAUUCAUUGAAGGGAGAAAGUACUCAACCGCUACACGGACUAGUCUUGCAAGGCUAGUGAUGGAUUUAUAAAGAUUUGAGAAUUAUCCUUGGGGGAGAGUGGCGUUUAAGGUGCUGAUGGAGUCUUUGAAGGGAAAAGAUUUGAAAUCAAAUUCAUACAUUGUUGAUGGGUUUAUUCAAGGUCUCCAGGUGUGGGCGUACUUUGCUCUGCCAUAAUUUGGUGCUAAUUAUGGGCAUCCCCUACCAAACAGACCGUUUCCGCUGUUGCAGGCUUACAAUGGUGGCAAAUGACGCAUAUUUUUUAAAGAGGCCAUUAGUAGACAGGUAUUUAAACUUCACUCCCUAAGACUUCACAUAAGACUUUAAAGUAAGUCGUCUGGUAAGUCUUCCAGAGAAGACUUCGCAGAUAACUUAAAGUUAUGUCGUCUGGGCGUCUUAACUUUAAGUCUUCUGCUUGGUCUUCUCUGGAAGACUUACCAGACGACUUACUUUAAAGUCUUCUGUGAAGUCUUUUCAGGAUGAUUUCAGUCUUUGUUAUCUGAGUUGAUAUCAUUAAUUUUUACAGACUAGCAUGAUCAAAUUCGUCCAGAAGGACUUUGCUGAAAUGUUUCCACGAUGGGAUUUUGAUGUAGAGGACCCGGCCGUGGAGAACAUAAUCAAAGUCAUGUUUAAUGCGAAAGCUAAUUGGAAGAAGACCAUGGAUUGCUGGGAAUUCACCGGUACUAAACCGAGAGUGAAGAAGGAAGUGAGUGCAGCGGAGACAAAGAGUGGUGUGAAGGAGGAAAGUGUAAGACCUCAGAAGAAAGUUCGUAAAGAGGCUUCUGUCAAGGCUAGUAAAGAUCAUCGUUAAGAGGCUUCUGUUGAGGCUAGUCAAGUGCCUUCUGCUAAGGCUUCUACGUCUGUUGGUGGGAUGACCAAGAAGCAGAUUGAAAAAAGCUUCGGGAACAUAGAUGAUGUCAUGAGGGAUGGGUUUGGGACGUGCCUAAAGGAGAUCAAGGUUCUGGGGGAUAAGAUUGGAGCUGUGGAGAAGAAGGUGGGAAUCACCAAAAAAGGGACUGCAUCUAAUGAACUUCAACUCAAAACUUCAAAUCCAGAAAAGCAUGUGCACGAACCUGGAGUUAGUACCAAAACCUCUCCCAAAAUCACAGAGAAGAGAUUGACUAGGCAAAGUAUUAGGAAUAAGGAAUGAUGUGCUUGGUUGAAUCAUUGUAUGUCGGAACAUGUGUGUUUGUUUCUAGUGUGCUUGGAUCAUUGCUUAUGUAUGGAUUUUGUUUGAUGUGUGAAUUGGAUAUUUCGUUAAUAUUUUAUAAACACAUUUUGUACAUCGAAAUUGCAGAGUGAAAGUGUGAAUGGGGCGAAAGCAGGACAUAAUGACCCCCAAAAACCGAGUUCCUCGAAAGACCAGAGUCUUGUGAUAGCAAAUGAGUACAAAGGAGUACCCACUGAGGGGAAACCUACAGAACAGAGUGAUGAACCUAGCGUUUUUGUAUUGGACAAAGGAGUACCCACUGAUUCAGAUUUACAAAAGGAGGAAACUAGAAGGCAUAGAAAGAAGGAUGUUGCUAUGGUACACGUCCGUGGAAAGAGUGAGCGAGCAAGGAAACUUGCUGCCUCACAGCAAACUCCUUUUAAGGGAAACAUCACUGCGAAAGUGAUCAUUCCAAACAAAAGGGUUGGCCAAGGCUAUGAUCCUUUUGCACCCGUUGACAAGAAGAUGUCGAAGGUGCUCACUGAUUGGGUGAAACUUGAUCCGUAAGUGAGAAUGUCCCAUAAUAGCUUCCUUUAAUAUACAAGAAAUGUUGCUUAUCUACAUUUUGUGUUUGCAGUUAUCUUAAAACACCUAUGGACAAAAAAUCACGUAGAUGUCCUAGUCAGUUUUAUCACAUCCUCCGAACCUCCUUACAAUGGCUGAACGACGGAGUAAGUCUCCUGCUUUCUAUGUCUUCUAGUUUUCCCCUUAGCAGUAGUUAUGUCUUCUCUAGAAGACUUAACAGACGACUUACCAAUUAGUCUUCUGUUAUGUCUUCCAGAGAAGACAUAACAGACGACUUACCCAUUAGUCUUCUGUUAUGUCUUCUAGACAAGACUUAUCAGACGACUACCGGAGAAGUCGUCUGGUAAGUCUUCUCUAGAAGACAUAACAGAAUACUUACUAGACGACUUAAGCGUAAGUCAUCUGAUAAGUGUCUCUGACUUGUAUUGUUUUAUAUGCAGCAUAUGAUGCUUUUAUUAAUGUACUGAAGCAACAGUACCAAGAUAAUCCACAUCAGUCCAGGAGCGAGAGACUGUGCUUUCUUGAUCAUGUAUUUUCUCGGCAGUGGUCCCACAAGUACCUGGAAUUUAAGAGCGACGAGGACGACAUCAACGGCUUAGGAAGAAGACUCCCUGGUGGGGCGUGGAAUUAUCAUGCAGGCAUUGUACCAUCAUUUUACCAAUCUAUGAAGGUUUUGGGGUUGGAUGUGGAUGAUAUUUAUGCGCCAGUGAACUUCAGGAACGAGCAUUGGAUUGCUAUUUGGAUAUCGAUCCCUAAGAAGCACAUAGUCGUCUGGGACAGCAUUAUAUCACAUAUUAGAGCUGCAGAACUCGAUGAGUUCAUGGAGC